GUCGCUUUCGUUGUUGGUAUUUUUAUUAUCCGACAAUGGAUUAAAUGGAUUAAAAAUAGUCGCAGCCCUUAAGGCACAAAAUCCCCGUAUCAUUGAACAUCCCAUGGAUAUGGUAGUACCGAAAAAUGAUCCCUUUACAUUUAAUUGUAAAGCUGAAGGCAAUCCCACACCUUCAAUACAAUGGUUUAAAGAUGGCCAUGAACUGAAAACCGAUUCCGGUUCACAUCGCAUACUAAUGCCUUCUGGCGAUUUAUUUUUUUUAAAGGUCAUUCAUUCACGUCGCGAAAGUGAUGCCGGGACAUACUGGUGUCAGGCUAAAAAUGAAUUCGGAGUAGCGCGUUCUAGAAAUGCCACAUUACAAGUUGCGUUUCUCCGAGAUGAAUUCCGCCUGGAACCUCAAAAUACACGUGUCGCUCAAGGCGAGGUGGCUUUGAUGGAAUGUGGUGCGCCGCGUGGCUCACCUGAGCCGCAAAUAUUGUGGCGUAAAAAUGGACAAACAAUGAGUUUAACUGGUAAUAAACGAAUACGCAUUGUUGAUGGCGGCAACCUAGCUAUACAAGAUGCUCGACCCUCUGAUGACGGCCGUUAUCAGUGCGUAGUUAAAAACAUAGUGGGCACGCGCGAAUCGACUACAGCUUUCCUGAAAGUUCAUAUGCGUCCUUUUUUAAUACGCGGUCCGCAAAAUCAAACGGCUGUGGUUGGUUCGUCGGUGAUAUUUCAAUGUCGCAUUGGCGGUGAUCCAUUACCGGAUGUCCUGUGGCGUCGUACUGCAUCUGGUGGAAACAUGCCAUUACGUCGUGUUACAGUUUUGGAAGAUCGCAGCUUAAAAUUGGAUGAUAUCAUCUUGGAUGAUAUGGGUGAAUACACUUGCGAAGCUGAUAAUGCUGUAGGUUCCAUAGCAGCUACGGGUAUUUUAACAGUGCACGCUCCCCCCAAAUUCAUUUUAAGACCGAAAAAUCAAUUAGUCGAAGUAGGCGAUGAAGUUUUAUUUGAAUGCCAAGCUAAUGGUUAUCCUAAACCAACAAUCUAUUGGUCGUUAGAAGGUAACAGCUCUCUGUUAUUUCCUGGCUAUAAAGAUGGUCGCGUAGAAGUGUCUUUAACAUCGGAGGGACGUACAGUUUUAUCGUUACUGCGAUUUGCUCGAGAAGAUUCGGGAAAGGUUAUUGUUUGUAAUGCUUUAAACGCAGUGGGUAGUGUAAGCAGCCGCACCGUAGUUACGGUUGAUACACAAUUUGAACUACCUCCUCCUAUUAUAGAGCAGGGACCAAUUAAUCAAACUUUACCCAUAAAAUCAGUUGUUAUUUUACCUUGUCGCACUGUGGGCUCUCCGACGCCUCAGGUACAGUGGUAUCUGAAUGGUAUACCUAUCGAUGUAAACGAUCAUGAACGCAGAAAUUUAACGGAAACUGGCUCUUUAACUAUAGUAGAGUUGCAAAAGAAUGAAGAUGAAGGUCUAUACACCUGUGUAGCCAGCAAUCGUAAUGGAAAGUCAUCAUGGAGUGGUUAUUUGCGUUUGGAUACGCCUACUAAUCCUAACAUAAAAUUCUUUCGUGCGCCUGAGUUGUCCACCUAUCCAGGACCGCCGGGAAAACCUCAAGUUGUAGAGAAAACCGAAGAAUCUGUUUCUUUGUCUUGGUCGCGCAGUAACAAAGUUGGCGGUUCAAGUCUGAUUGGUUAUGUCGUCGAAAUGUUUGCUAAAAACGAAACUGACGGUUGGAUACCAGUUGCUACCCGCAUACAAAAUACUACGUACAUACAAAUGGGCCUCUUGCCUGGAAUUAAUUACUUUUUUCUAAUACGUGCCGAAAAUUCACACGGUCUGUCAUUACCGUCCCCGAUGUCGGAACCUAUUGCUGUUGGAACUAAGUAUUUCAAUAGUGGUUUGGAUUUAAGCGAAGCCAGAGCCAGUUUAUUGUCUGGUGAUGUAGUGGAAUUAAUCAACGCUAGUGUUAUAGAUUCUACCAGCAUGAAAUUAUCCUGGCAGAUCAUCAAUGGCAAAUAUGUUGAAGGAUUUUAUAUUUAUGCUCGGCAACUUUUGGAUACUGGUGGCAAUGGCAUAACAGCGCAUACUAAUCCAUUGAUAGCCGCUGCACGUAGUUCCAGUUCGACAUCAGCCGCUUAUUCAUCGUCAGCAGCAUUGAUUUCAGCCUUAAAACCAAAUAUUGCCAGACGUGAUGGCACUGCCAUAGUAACACCAACAACUCAACCCCCUAAACCAGACGCAAUACAAUUGUCGACGACGGCAACGACAUCAUAUGUCGGUAGUGCCGCAUAUCGUAUGCUGACCAUAUUGAAUGGUGGAGGCGCUUCAUCCUGUACCAUGACUGGCCUAUUACAAUAUACGUUGUAUGAAUUUUUCAUUGUACCCUUUUACAAAUCGGUCGAGGGUAAACCAUCAAAUUCACGUGUCGCUCGUACACUUGAAGAUGUACCUAAUGAGGCACCGUUUGGUAUGGAAGCCAUAUUACUCAACUCAUCAGCUGUGUUUCUCAAAUGGAAAGCACCAAAUAUUAAAGCACAACAUGGCAUAUUACUAUUCUAUCACAUUGUGGUGCGUGGCAUUGAUACCGCUCAUAAUUAUUCGCGUAUUUUAACAAAUGUUACCAUUGAUGCUGCUUCACCGACGUUAGUUUUAGCGAAUCUAACCGAAGGGGUAAUGUAUACCGUGAGUGUUGCGGGCGGUAACAGUGCUGGGAUUGGUCCCUAUUGUAUACCAGCGACAUUAAGACUAGAUCCUACAACCAAACGUUUAGAUCCGUUUAUAAAUCAACGAUAUCCCAUAAAUCAGGAUCAUGUCGAUGAUGUUUUAACUCAGCCGUGGUUUAUUAUAUUAUUGGGCACUAUAUUAGCUAUAAUGAUGCUAUCACUCGGCGCAAUGGUUUUUGUUAAACGCAAACAUAUGAUGAUGAAGCAAUCAGCGUUAACUGCCAUCAGAGGAACUCAUCCCAGCGAUGUUUUAAAAAUGCCCAGUUUAACGCGGGGUACUGGAAAUGGUUAUUGGUUGGACGCUUCCACGGGUGGCAUGGUAUGGCGACCAACUCCAAGCGGUGACACAAUAGAUAUGCAAAAAGAUCAAAUUGAUGACUAUGCACCAGUAUGUCUAACGAACAAUAGCGCUAAUGGCUCAGACAAUACAAAUGAACGUGGCCAGCAAAGAUAUGUAGGCGAAUACUCGAACAUACCUACAGACUAUGCUGAGGUAUCAAGUUUUGGUAAAACAGGCAGCGAGUAUGGUGUGGGUGGCGGCCGCAAGAGUAACUCUUCACCAGCCCCAUACGCCACAUCGACAAUAAUGCAACAGCAAAACAAUAAUAAUAACCAACAGCCACGUUAUCAGUUGCGACCAGGUUUCAAUGCCUUACAGCAACAACAGCAGCAGCAGCAGUCAACUAGACCUAUGCAUCCUCAUUACCAUUCACAGAUAUCGUCGCAGCAGCAACAGCAAUUGCAUCAACAAUCUGCUAAUAAUAUAUAUCAACAAAUGUCUACAACAAGCGAAAUUUAUCCCUCGCAGGCAACUGGCAGCAGAUCAGUAUACUCUGAUCAAUAUUAUUACCCAAAAGAAAAAAUACAUAUAACCGAAAAUAAGUUAAGCAAUUGCCAUACGUAUGACCCCACCCAAGAGCAUCAGCAGCAGCAGUUGCAGCAGCAACAACAACAACAACAACAAUUGCAACAGCAACAGCCGCAACAAUCGUCGUUCGCUCAUGUCGGCACCUUGCAACGCAGCAAUAAUGGGCAACAAAGUAACCGCUUCAAAGUCGUUAGCACUCAAAGCCAAAGUUAUCACGUUGAUAAACAACAACAACAACAACAACAUCAUCAUCAUCAUCAACAGCAACAACAACAACAACAACACCAACAGCAUCAACAUCAAAAAUUGAAUUCUUUGAAUAGCAACAGCAGUAAUAAUAGCAAUAACGGUAAUAAUUACAAUACUCAGGAUUUAAUGACGAAAAAUCUAUUAGACUUAGAUGCCGCUUCAUUCUGUUAUAAUGGCAUGGCCGAUUCGGGCUGCGGUGGCUCACCUUCGCCUAUGGCUAUGUUAAUGAUGUCUCAUGACGAUGACGAUGAAACAAACGCUGAAGAUCACGCUUUAUAUCAUAUUGCAGAUGGAGAACGUGAAAGCGAUAUGGAGCGUCUGUAUAUGAAAGUUGACGAAAUGCCGCAACAACAACAGCAAGAACAAUUAUUACAGCCAUUGCCCGUCGCCGCUAAUACUCUAACGAAUGAGAGUAAUCAACAAUCCGCAAUUUCUUUGAAUAGUUAUUGUAAUUGGCGUGCACAACAAAAUAACGCAUCAAUGCGUGGCUCAUAUCAACAACGUAACACUCCUACCGUAACAGUUACUAACAAUACUUUAUGUAUAGACAAUAAUGUUGAACAUCAAUUACUUCAACAACAACAACAACAACAGCAUCAGCAGCAAAACCAACAAAAUCAACAAUAUCCAUUGCAACCAACGGCAUCUUCACCUAUACAUCACUUACAUCCGUUGCAUCAGCAGCAAGCCAGUGACUCUGAAAUGAUUUAUGCACCCAGCAGUAGUAUGGCUAGUGAACGCAGUCUAUUAAGUAAUUCCGGAAGUUCAACAACGACUGGACCGACCACCUCUUCCACCACUACUUCUACCUCUGCACAUAAUGUGUGACCUUUAGAGCGAGUAUUAAACAUUUGUGAUGAUAUAAAAUGUCGCACACAAGAGGAUUAUUAUGGUCGCGAGAUUAAAGAAUUGUUAGAGUGGUGUGAACGUUUUACUAGUGGAACUUUGGAUAAAUUUGAAUAGAUUUGACUUAGAUUGACUGAUUUUCUGAAUUUUCUCUUCUUUGUUUUUUUUCUUUUUUCUUUGUCGGUUCGAGGAGUUCCUGUGCAGGAAAAAGGGGAAAGGCUGGCCUAUGUGAGAUAAAUUUUCGAAUAUAUCUUUUCUCUUUUUUUUCAUAAUAACUUUGCCAACAAAAUCACAUGUAACUGCCUCAGUAUAUCUUGUCUUCUUCAGGCCGAAGUUUGCCUCAUCUGUAAAAUAUUUCAUCCACAGACUUUCAUUACAUGCCAUAUAAAACGAGACAUUUUGUUAUUACCCACCGAUAUAACUAAAUUUUUCAAAGAAUUUUAUUACUUGUUAAAAUACGUAAGGCAACAGUGUUCACCGAGAAAGUUUAAAGUUGUUGGUGACUAAGUUGUUCCAUUUUAUUAGCUCUUGAGUAAAUUGAACCUUGAACAACUGCAGGUACAAGUUUUUGCUCAUAACUAUGUAUGGUGCCUUCAAUUAAGAUGAGUAAAACUUUUUUGCACAACAAUCACACACAUGAAAAUCUGCAUUCCCUUGCUAUUACCGUGCAACGGUUGAUAGUAAGAAAUGAACUGGGUUUUUUUUAUUUAUCCGUUUUCCAUAUUUCAUUUCAAUUUUUAUGUUAAACAUUUUCUGGGUUUAGUGACGCAUUUUGCUUUUUUACUUAUACAUAUUAAAGGAGAAAGAAAAAGUCGAAACGAGUAUGAAAGCUUUACAGAAACAUUAUAACGUUCGUUACUUAAUUUAAAUCCAAGCUCUUCAGCCUAAAAUGAGAUUGAAGGAGUAAUGUCCAGUACUUUUUGAAAGAGCAGCCAUGUGAUCUGAUUUUCACUAGUCUUUCCAUUCAAAUCGGUCUGGAAGCAAUGUUUCUGCGGAAAGUUCCUUAGUAAUCCUGGAAGUAUUUAAAUGAUUUGGUUAUAUUAAAAAAUGUAAUUAAAACAUUUUGGUUAUUCAAUUAUGUCCUCACCCAUAAACUCGUUAAAUCUAUAUUUUAUAUAGCUUUUUUCUUUUGCACCCUUCACCAUUGUGUGCGGUUGUAUGCAACAACCAGAAAGCUUUGAUUUUUUAAUUAUACGCUUUCAGCUUACGAUUUCAGCUUUUAUGUCCGACCGUCUGUCUGUCUGUUUUGGCCCAACGCUACAGGAAAUAGUUCGAAUCGGAUCACAUUUUCGACCACUUCCCAUACAAUUCGGCAUUUUGAAAAUUCGACUUAUGGGUUAUAGGGUGGCGUGGGGUAUUUAAUGGUGGCCCGUGCCACACUACAGUCUUCUUACUUGUUUUACUGAAUAAUUUCAAUAAUAUAACGUGGACUCUAGAUCGACAUAGGAGUUGUGUUAAGCAAUACAAUGUCGACACGUAGACAUAGGAGUGCGAAGGUUCAUCAAAAUGACGGAUAAACAAAAUCAUUAAGGUUACCGGCAAAGCCGUAUAAUAUACAUUUUUCUUCUUUUAUUUAUUCAAAAAGUCGAGUAAUCUUUUAUCGUCUUUGGAUGAAUUUUAUUUGUGUUUUUCCCUUUACUUUCCUCGUACAACAUGUCUGUAUAUAAGAAAAUUCUUCAUAGUUGCCAUUCUUCGACAACAAUUUGUUCCUGAAUCUCUAUAGUUUUAAGAUAAUAUAUAUUAACUUUAUGUGUAAAUAUAUUAAAUGUGUUAAUAAAAACAAAAACCGUAAAAUAAUAAUUAAACUGCGUUUAGUGAGAUGUGAUGUGAUGUUUAGUGUUUUAUAUAUAAAAAUGUUUAAAAUUUCAAAUGAAAAAAAAUUCUAGAACUUUAAGUUAAAAA